AGAGAGAGACGCGUGCGCCGGCCUCACCGUGCUCUAGGUCAUUCGCUUUGUUGUACUCGGUUUGUAAACGCGUUUCUGACUCGAGUCAGUCGUUUUGACAAGGUUUAGACAGUGAUACAUUGGUGAUCCAAGAGUGCAGCAUGUCGUCGACAGCGGGCGCGGGCGCGGCGGGCGCGGAGGGCGCGGUGACGGUGCGCGCGGCGCGCAGGGAGGACGUCCCGCACGUGCACCGAAUGAUUCAUGAACUGGCCGCUUAUGAGGGUGUUCCCGACGGACCCAAGCUUAGUGUCGAAGAUUUGUUGGAGGACGGCUUCGACGCGCCGUCCCCGUGGUACUUCUUGCUGGUGGCGGAGCAGGGGGGCACGCUGGUGGGCUACGCGCUGUGCAACCGCGCCUACUCCUCGUGGACGCGCCGCGCCUUCUACGUCGAGGACAUCUACGUGCCGCCCGAGCACCGCCACGCCGGCGUCGGGGCCAAGCUCUUCAAGGAGAUCUGCAGGCUGGGCGUGCGCGAAGGCGUGCACCGCGUGGACUGGCACGUGCUGGAGAGCAACGCGCCGGCGCUGGCGUUCUACGCGCGGCUCGGCGCGCGCGACAUGCGCGCCAGCGAGGGCCGCGCCGCGCUGCGCCUCGACCGCCACCGCAUCGAAUACGUCGCCGACAAUUAUUGACCCGCUUCCAGCCGCUGCCACCACAUAAAGUAGCCUCUAAGACCAACUACCAGUCUAAAUACUGUGUUGGUUAAUAAAAUAUACGCAUGAGACAAAAACCUCCAAUAUGUAAUACAAGUACCUAUUAACGGCAUAACUGAGAAUCAUUCGGCUGUCGUCCUAAAUCAGAAAUAUGUCAAGUACAACCUAAUGUAAUUGUUUAAGUAUGAUCAACAUAGGAAUUUUCAUGUCUUCGAUUGACAAGUCACAAGAGUCAUAAUAAUUUAAUUCUUAAAGGGAGAGAAAAUCUAGUACGAUUUUAUUUUCCCUCUAACGGAAACUAAAUUGGAUUUAUGUACAGUACUUAGUACCUACAUGAAUCCAAUUUGGUUUCCGUAUUGGUUGUCUGUGGUGGUACUCAGCAAUUUUGACGUCUGAUCAGAAAAUCUUACACGGAUAGUCGGCGUACUACGAGUAUGUGUCCUUUCAGCGCAACCCUCCCGGCUAAACGCGCAAGACGUUCUACAAACGUCUUCAGGGGGCAACCUUUAGAAGAGAAUAAAGUUUUAAAGUAACCUCUGUGUCUCGUGUCUAUUGUGCUAAUAAAAGGAUGCCUCUAUAGUCCAGACUCUAGAGAGCUCAAACUAUUUUCUGUA